AUGGCGGCUCCGCGCCGGCCGAGCGGCGGGGGGCUGCGGAGAGCCCCGCAGGACGGGCGGCUGGAGGAGAUCAACAAGGAGUUUCUCUGUGACCCAAAGUUCAGUAAUGAAAAAGACCUGGAGGAGAAGUUGGCAGUGUUCAAAGAGAAAUACAUGGAGUUUGACCUGAACAACCAAGGCGAGAUUGAUUUGAUGUCUGUCAAAAGGAUGAUGGAGAAGCUGGGGGCUCCGAAGACCCAUCUAGAACUGAAGAAGAUGAUCUCUGAGGUGACUGGAGGGGUCAGCGACACCAUCUCGUACCAGGACUUUGUCAAUGUGAUGCUUGGGAAACGCUCUGCUGUGCUGAAAUUGGUCAUGAUGUUUGAAGGAAAAGCCAAUGAAAGCAACCCAAAACCUUCUGGUCCACCUCCAGAGAGAGACAUAGCCAGCCUCCCUUGA